AUGCAUUAUUUUAGUUCUUCUCAAUCAGAUUCCAAUGGCUACGUAAAGAUUAUCGAAAACUAUGCUCGCAAUCGAUCACUAGAAUCAGGAAAACGUCUACACGCACACCUAAUCAUCAAUGGAUUAGCUCGUUCCACUUAUGUUGCCUCAAAGCUCUUAGCUUUCUACACCCAAUGCCGUCAAACAUGUGAUGCCCGCAAACUGUUUGAUGAAAUUCCUCAAAGACACACUCGCCGAUGGAUUGUUCUGAUAGGUGCGUAUGCACGCCAUGGGUUUCACCAGGAGGCCAUGGCUGUGUUCUGCGAGAUGCAAAGAGAAGGCUUGGAACCCAACAGGUUUCUCGUGCCCAGUGUUUUAAAAGCAUGUGGGCACCUGCUGGAUGCACAAACUGGGGAGAAAUUACAUGCUGUGGUUGUAAAACAAGAAUUUGAGUCUGAUGCUUUUGUUAAUAGUGGAUUGAUCGAUAUGUACUCGAAAUGUGGGAAAAUCGAAAAGGCGAGGAGGGUUUUCGAUUUGAUGGUAGGAAUGGAUUUGGUGGCUAUGAACACCAUGGUUGCAGGCUAUGUUCAACAUGGAUUCGUCAACGAUGCAGUAGUCUUGGUCGAGAAGACACGGUCCAUGGGUUUAGUACCAAAUUUGGUCACUUGGAAUACGCUAAUAGCAGGUUUUUCACAAGCCAACGAUGAUUCAAAUGUCGCCAAACUUUUCCAAUUGAUGCAGGAAGCCGGGAUUGAUCCCGAUGUGGUUUCUUGGACAUCACUCAUCUCUGGAUACGUUCACAAUUUCCGAAAUCGUGAAGCUUUCGAUUCGUUCAAGAAAAUGCUGUGUACUGGGAUGCAUCCAACUUCCGCUACAAUUAGUUCCCUUUUGCCCGCUUGUGCAAUUCUUGCAGAUUCAACACGUGGGAAACAGAUUCAUGGAUAUUCGGUAGUGAUUGGAGUGGAAAAAGACGUCUUUGUUCGUAGCGCUCUUAUAGACAUGUACGCGAAAUGUGGAUUCAUUUACGAAGCGAAAACACUCUUCAAGAACACGCCUAAAAGAACCACGAUCACUUGGAACUCCAUGAUCUUCGGCUUCGCGAAUCAUGGACAUUGCAUUGACGCGAUUGCUUUAUUCAAUCAAAUGGUUGACGGAAAAGACAAACUUGAUCAUCUAACUUUCACAGCAGUUCUAACUGCUUGCAGCCAAUCUGGAAUGAUUGAUCUUGGCAAAAACUUGUUCUUGAUCAUGCAACAGAAAUUCAAGAUUCGGCCGAGAUUAGAGCAUUAUGCGUGUAUGGUGCAUUUGUUGGGACGAGAAGGGAAACUGGCCGAGGCUCAUGAUUUGAUUCAGGAAAUGCCUAUUGAGCCUGAUGUGUUCGUAUGGGGUGCGUUGUUGGGUGCGAGUAAGCUUCACGGAAACGUUGGUCUUGCGAAGAUAGCGGCUAAGCAUGUGGCUGAGCUCGAGCCUGAAAGUGCCGGUAGCAGCCUACUGUUGUCCAAUUUGUAUGCUGAUGCCGGUAGCUGGGGAUGUUCUGCGAGGGUCAAACGAACGAUGAAGAAAAUGAAGCUGAAAAAACUUGCAGGCAGCAGCUGGAUUGGAAUUGCAUGA